UAGUAAAAGGACGUUUCUGCUGGUGGAAAUAGUUCUGCAAGGAUUGUCCCUCCCCGAGCGCCGCAGCACCCGCACCGUGACGGGCACCGGGCACGGCACGGCCAUGGAGCCGAGCGCACGGGAGCCCCUCGUGAGGAAGACAAGCUCGUCGUAUCAGACCUUCCCCGGGAGCGCUGGCAAGAGGCUCGACAAGGAAUACCUGCAGAGCCUCCACAACGAGCGGCUCUACCUGGCCGUGUUCGCUGCUGUCCUGGGGAACUUCAGUUUUGGGUUUGCCCUGGUUUACUCCUCGCCCGUCAUCCCCGCCCUGGAGGCUCACCCCAGUCCUGCGCUGAGGCUGGACCAGCACACAGCAUCCUGGUUCGGGUCAGUGUUCACGCUGGGAGCGGCGGCGGGGGGGCUCAGCACCAUGCUCCUCAACGACCUCCUGGGCCGCAAACUGAGCAUCAUGUUCUCGGCGCUGCCCUCCGCCGUGGGAUACGCGCUGAUGGCCGGUGCCCAGGGGAUGGAGAUGCUGCUGCUGGGCCGCGUGCUGACGGGCUACGCCGGCGGCGUGACGUCCGCCUCCAUCCCGGUCUACAUCUCGGAGAUCUCCCACCCCGGGGUCAGAGGUAUGCUGGGCGCUUGUCCUCAGAUCAUGGCAGUGCUGGGCUCCCUCGUCCUGUACGCACUCGGGCUGGUCCUGGACUGGCGCUGGCUGGCCGUCGCAGGGGAGGUGCCCGUGCUCGUGAUGAUCAUCCUGCUCUGCUUCAUGCCCAAUUCGCCCCGGUUCCUGCUCUCCCAGGGGAAGGAUGACGAGGCCCUGGGCUCGCUGCGCUGGCUGCGGGGCAAGGACACGGACUAUGCCCGGGAGUACGAGCAGAUCAAGGACAGCGUGAGGAAGCAGAGCCAGCGGGUUUCUUGUGCUGAGAUCAAGGACCCCUUCAUUUACAAGCCCAUCCUGAUCGCGGUGGGAAUGAGGUUCCUGCAGCAGCUUUCGGGUGUCACCUGCGUCCUCGUGUACCUGCAGUCAAUAUUCAAGAAAACAUCCGUCAUCCUGAAACCAGAGUAUGAUGCAGCUCUUGUUGGCUUGGUCCGUCUGUUCUCGGUGGCGAUUGCUGCUGUGUCAAUGGAUAAAGCUGGGAGGAAGAUUCUUCUUUUUGUAUCAGCUGGUGUCAUGUUGGUCUCCAACCUGACCAUGGGGCUCUACAUCCACUUCGUGCCAGCUUCUCAGAAUGGCACCGUUGCCAACAAGACCCUGGUGAGCUCUGCCAACCUUUCUGCUGAGCCAACAAACUACAUCACGCUCAUCCCCCUCCUGGCAACCAUGUUCUUCAUAAUGGGUUAUGCCAUGGGCUGGGGCCCCAUCACCUGGCUGCUGAUGUCGGAGGUCCUCCCUCUGAAAGCUCGUGGGGUAGCCUCGGGCCUCUGCGUCGUCGUGAGCUGGCUGACAGCCUUCACCCUCACCCAAUUCUUCCUCCGGGUCGUGGAAGCCUUUGGCCUCGAGGUGCCCUUCCUAUUCUUCGCUGUCAUCUGCGCUGGGAACAUCUUAUUCACAGGCUGCUGUGUGCCAGAAACCAAAGGCAGGUCCCUGGAACAGAUUGAGGCCUUCUUCAGGACUGGCCGGAGGUCUUUCAUGAGGUAGGAGCUGCCAUCUGCCAGCCAUGCCAGGCUACCAGUCUACGUGUUCGAGGGCAACAAAGAAAACUGUUGUGCUGCUGGAGCUCUCUGCGAAGGCAACGGGAGAGGAACGGGUGGCGAUGACCCUCUCGCUUCAGAAGUUUCCAGCUGGAACUUUACCUUCUUUUCCCGUCAUUCAACACUAUCUAUUGCUCUGUGGGCAACAUAUUAACCCAAGGUAUGGGACCAGGUAACCAGCACCAGGCUGGAAAGAUGUCCUGGAAAAUAAAAGGUGUGGCUGUGGACAGGAGACCAUGCAUGUCCUUCACUCAGCAGCCACCAAAGAGGCCUGAAAGCCUGAGGGCUUGGCUGGAACAGAAUUAACAGCUGUAGCUGUUUUGGCACAAGUUCAUUGUGUAGUUGUAAGAAUAAAACAGUUUUGCCUCCAA